GUUCCUCGUAGACUGGCGUUGCGAUAGUCUCGUGUUUUUGAGUUCUUUGCAAACUCUCUCGGCAGCGGAAGUUGACAGCCUGAUUUCAUGUUUUUGGCUUACUGAGCGGAAGCCAAACGUCAAAGUUGAUUUCUUGCUUCUACAAAAUAAUUGAUUAUCUGAAGCAACCUUAAUGUAUGGACAGUGAAAUCAAGGAUGUUUGAAGAAUGUUUCGGGAACGGACCAUUCAUUUUCAGAAUCAACGAAAAUGGUUCCGGGCCUAUGCUUUUAACACAGGUUUGUCUAGAGAGGGGUUGGAGAGAAUACAACGGUGACACCGAAGGAUGGAACCUAUGGUGGAGAACUUCUGGAUUUCCAGUUAGUCAUCACAGGAGCCUAUAUGCUUGGCAGUAUCUCAAUCAUAUUCCAAAAGGAUCAACAAUAUGCAGAAAAGACAAUCUAGUUAGAUAUUUAAGAUGCAUGCGAAAAGUAUACGGAUCGAUUUAUGAUUUUAGCCCCCAUGGGUACAAUCUUCCUUUAGAAUAUACCAAAUUAGCUGCCGAAUGUAGCAGAGGUAGGCCACAUAGUGGGAAAGAUGAUAUAGGAAAAUACUUUGAAGACAGGCCUAUUUGGAUCUGCAAACCAGUCGCUCAAAGUCAAGGUCGAGGAAUUUUUUUAUUCAGGAAAUUAAGCGAGCUUAACUACGACACAAAUACGAUAGUUCAAAGGUAUAUUGAAAAGCCUUUACUAAUAGGAGGGUACAAAUUCGACUUACGACUCUACGUAUGCAUUCCAUCAUACCACCCUGUAACUAUUUACAUGUACAGAGAGGGUCUUGCCAGAUUUGGCACCGAUAAAUUUAGCUUAAAUGAUUUACGAAACCCUUUUAGGCAUUUGACGAAUUCGUCGAUUAACAAAUUAGGACCUGGCUACACGGAAAUGAAGGAUCGAGUAGGAUCAGGUUGUAAAUGGACACUACGACAAUUACGAAGAUAUUUUCAACAGGCCGGCAUUUCAGACUGGUUGUUAUGGCAACGAAUAACUUCAUUAGUAAUCCUAACGGUACUAAGUCAUGUUAGUCAGAUUCCUCCCACUGUAAAUUGUUUCGAAUUUUUUGGAUUUGAUGUCUUGAUCGACAGCUCUCUAAGACCCUGGCUACUUGAAGUCAAUUUAAGUCCUGCUUUGAGCAACGAUUGUGAUGCUGAUAGAUUAGUUAAAAAACCAAUGCUGCAUGAUAUGUUUGAUCUCUUGGGUUUACCAUUAUACAACACUGGUUUAGCAAUCUUCGACAUUUUUUCCGAGGAAGCUAAUGAUAGUAAGGAAGAUCAAGAAAACUCCAAGUUGUCGCUAAUGAAUACUUUAUCGGUGGUAAAUGCAGCGGGAAGAUGGAGAAGGAAACAAAAGAAAAUGUCAGCAAUUCAUUCUAGGUCCAAUUCUGCCGUACGAAUCAAAAGUAGGGCUACAUCUGCCAACAAUUUUCAAAAGACUUAUAUAACAUUGCCAAAGGUUCACGUAGAUGUUCGGCCCGUAGCUUCUCCAAUUCAUAAUGGAACCAAUAGAGCAGUCUGUGAUGAAUAUAAAAAAUCAGAAUGUAAAAAUUGGGGAAAUGGUCGGGACUGGAACUUUCCAAAACCAAGAGAAGGUGGAUGGGUACGAAUCUGGCCUUUUGCAUUAGAAGUUCAGAACAAAACAAGCAAUGGCAAUAAUAAUAGUAACCAGAUAAAAAAUAUGGUCAACAAAGUCAUAAAAUUUACAAAGAAAGCCAAGGAAUUAGCUAAGAAACAUCCUGUGGCAUCUGAAUGUCAACUCAGCGAAUUUUUACAAGCAGAAAUGGAUAUGACUGGCGAUAUAUGGAUUCCUCCAGUUUAAGUGUUAAUUAAGUCAAUACAAUUGGACGUAUAUAAGUUUAUUUACGGCAUAAUAUAAAAUUGUAUCAAUGGAAAUAUUUCUAUUUCUUUUUAUUUUAGUCAAACAGAACAGCUUGAAAAAACAAGUUAUCCUAAAACGGUAAGAUCUAGGUAAACUUUUCAUCAUCAAAACAUGAAACACUGUGAAGAAUAUGCUUUAGUGAAAAGAACUCUAAUUAAAAUAAAAAUAUUUAAAAAUUAAAAACUGUUUAUUCAAAAUUACUGUCGAAGAUAUUUUUAUGUUAUACAAUGCUCACACUUAGGGUCGAAUAAUCGGAAUUUACAGGCAUGGAGAAUAUUAAUCAAUCAUUUGAUCACUUAAUCACAAAAUUGAGCUGGAUACAAUACUGUGAUACUCUAGAAAUAUAAAUAAAGAUAGUAACAAUAAAUUCCAAAUAAAGCUAAAUCACAUAUUGAUGCCGUAAUUUUAACUUUUAUAGGUCAAAUAUUUAUUUCCCGAAUCUUUUUUUGGUUUCGCCUUUAACUGCCUAUGCAAUGCCAAAAUAAUUGUUAAAAAACUCUUUGAUAUAAGAAAUAUUUGCCUUCGCGAAUAUUCAAUCUAUUUCAAGUUCGGUUUUUUACUUUAACUUUUACUUUAAUAAAUAAUAAUGUACCAACUUUCCAAUUUUAUCUGCUUACUCCAUGUUGAUUUUACGUUGUACACAGAAAACUUAUUCGUAUAAUCAUCACC